AUGUUAUCAUCAUCAAGUAAACCUAAAUUUGCUUUCAAUUUAACGAUAAAUGAUUUGACUAAUGUUCCUGAAAUUAAUGGAUCUUGUUAUAUUGAAUUACAAAUAAGAGAUGGGACAAGAAGAUCAUUCCAUACUUCCAAUAUCAAUAACGGUAGCAGUGGUAGCAAUAAUAGUAAUUCUAAUGGUAAAAAUUCUCAAAAAUCAAGUACCAACACUAGUAACACCAAUGGUAUUAAAUCCACACCCAUGACUACCAGUCGAACUUUUUUAAAUAAAUUUGAUGAAUUUGCUUCAUCUUUAGGAUCUAGUGGAUCUAAGGGGAAUUCAUCAUCUUCAUCUUCAUCAUCUGCAGUUUCAGGGAAUAUAUCAGCUACUACGUCGAGGAAAAAAUUGCAUAAUUUCAAAUGUAAUUUUAAUUAUAAAUUAAGUUGUAAUUUGAAAUUUAAUAUUAAGAAAAAGGGAAAUAUAAUUGCUAAUAAAUAUUUAUUAUUAAAAAUAUUUUAUGUCAAUAAUGAUUCUGGGUUAGUAGGUGGUGGUAAAUCCAAUAAUUCAACUUCCACGUAUCACCAUCAUCAUCAUACACAAAUUACAGAAUUGGGUAAAGUUGAUAUUAAUUUAUCAGAAUAUUUAAAUUUUGAUGAACCAAUCACUACUAAAUAUUUACUUAAUGAUUCUAAAGUGAAUUCAAUACUUGGUGUUACUAUUGGACUUAAUGAAUUAUCUCCAACAUUUGAUUUCCAUACUCAAUUACAAAUUCAAGAUAGUAAUAGUAGUAUUAGUGGUGGGUCCACUAGUAUAUCCAAUAAUACCAAUUCAAUGUUAUCUCGACCAACAAGUACCACAACAUCAUCUAGAAGAAAUAAUUUCAAUGUCCCACAAUUUGAACGGAAACAUGUAUUUACAGGUAUUGGUAAUGUUUUAGGUGAUAAUAAUAGUUUUGGUCAACCUCAAAAUGAUACUUCACGUCCAUCAACACCAACUUCUCAACAACAACAACAACAACAACAACAACUACCAACUAUUGGGGAAACAGAAACUAAAAAUGGAUCAAGAAUUAAAUCAUCAAAUGAUCAAGAUGGAUGGAAAAUUAUGAAAAAUCAAAACCCAAAUACUACCACUACCACUACCACUACCAAUGGCAAUAUCAAUGGUAAUGAUAUAACACAAACAGCUGCAUCACAACAAUUACAACAAGCAAUGAUGGAUCCAAUAGUGAGUCAAUUAUAUUGUAAAAUUUUAGAAAGUAGUUGGGAUCCAGAAUUAUAUCCAAUUUUGGAUUAUACACCAGAACAAUGUAUUGAAGAUAUUUUUAAUAAUCCUGAUAAUAAAUAUGGUUGUAAUCUUAAAUUAAAACAACUUUAUGAAUCAAAAUUAAAUGAUGAAUCAGAAGAAUUAAAAGAGCUAGAUAAUUCUUAUCGAGAAUUGAAUGGUUUAAUUAGUGAAAGUAAAUAUCGAUCUGAUUUGAAAAGUUGGAAUAUUAAUGUUGAUGAUUUACCUAGUAGUAGUAGUAGUGGUGGUGGUGCUGUAAUCACUGGUACUAGUACCUGUUGA